UUCUCUUCUACACUGUCUACUCUUGACACCAUGACCUAUUACAGCAACUACUAUGGGAAUUGUGGCUAUGGUGGGCUUGGCUGUGGUUACGGUGGGCUUGGCUGUGGCUAUCAUGGAUACGGUGGCUAUAGAUACGGCUGCUGCCGCCCAUCUUGCUAUGGAAGACAUUGGUCAUAUGGGUUCUACUGAAAAAUUCUAGAGCCAUGAACC